CUUCCCAGGUCCCACAACCCCCGAGAUUCCGCGCGCCAGCCCUCCUCCCUCCCUGCCGAGAUAGCCCCUUCCAGGCCCUCUGUCCGUCCGCUGGGGGCGCGCGCAGUGCGUGGCAGGCGGCCGCGGCGCCGGCGGCUGGGAGCGCGGGUCGCGUGGUGGUGUGUGGUUGCUAGGGGCGUCUGAGGCCGCCCGCUCGCCCCAGCAGGCCGAGGGAGGAAGCAGCGCGGAGCCGGCGCCGAGCCGGGGCGAAGCUCGGUCCGCUAGGCUGACGGACUUCAAGGAUGCAGCCGCUACUACUGGAGGUGUGUGGCACCUUUUCCGAGUUGGGCCAUGAGGCCACGUGGCCAUGAUGUGGGCCCCUCAUGGCCUCAGCAGGAACAGAGCACUACAGCAUUGGCCUCCGCCAGAGAAACGGCUUCAAGCAGAGUGGCCCCUCAGGCACAGUGCCCGCCCCGCCACCGGAGAAACCCUCCGAGGGCAAAGCCUGGGCUCCGGCCCAUCAGCAGGUGAAGCCAAUCUGGAAACUGGAGAGGAAGCACGUGGGGACACUUUCAGCAGGGUUGGGCCCAGGCCUCUUGGGGGUCCCACCCCCGCCAGCAUACUUCUUUUGCCCCAGCACUUUAUGUAGCUCAGGGCGCACGGCCGUCAUCGCAGGCCACAGCACCUCCUGUUACCUGCACACCCUCCCAGACCUGUUCGGCGGCACCCUCCUGUACCGCCGCGCCGGCUGCAGGCACAAACCGUACCAGCAACUGGAGUCUUUCUGCUUGCGCUCGAGCCUGCCCAGAAAAACACCUUUUUCUCUCCCUCAGAAGAGCCUCCCUGUCAGACUCACUGCCAACAAGGCCCCUUCUUACACAGUCUCCCCCAUGGCUCAGCCCAUGGCAUCCUCAUCUACAGAUCCAUACCUCUCACUGGGAGCGGCUGGGGAAAAUCCUUCGGGGAAGAGCCUGGCCUCUGCCAUCUCAGGGAAGAUCCCCUCUCCAUUCUCCUCCCCCUCCCCCUCCUCCCCCUCCUCCCCCUCCUCCCCCUCCAAGCCCACGCUGAAUAACAACUCCUUCAUGCGGCCAAAUAGCACUAAAGUGCCUUUAUCGCAGGCCACAGAGGGCCUGAAGCCAGUAUCCUCACCCAAGAUCCAUCUUGUCUCCUGGCAUCAUUCGGGGGGUACUGGAGACUGUGCAGUGCAGCCUAUUGAACACAAGGUCCCCAAGAGUACCGGCACUGUCCUAGAUGAUGCCCCUGCCUCUAGCACCCUGUCUGCCCCCAGCUCCUUAGACAUGUCCACCACCAGUGUUGCCUCUCCCCAGUAUAACCGGAGUGACUUAACCACAAGAGCAGAGCCACAUCCCUGUGGCCUGGAUGGCGACUUUGUUUCUCAGGCUCUGACUAAGGAGGUUCGGUUCACUGAGGCCGUGAGGAAGUUGACUGCAAGAGGCUUUGAGAAGAAGCCAAGGCAAGGCUGCCAGUUUGAACAGUCUUGUUUCAUGAACUCCAGCUUGCAGUGCGAUCUCCUCAACAAGAACAGGCUGUGGAAACCUCCCUCAGUAGGCCAGCAGUUCCCUCAGGAGGAUGCUGGAGCAAACAGCAGGAUCCUCCCUAGAGCCCGGGACACGUUGGAGUUGGACAGCACAGUCUUCUGUACCAAACGCAUCAGCAUUCACCUCCUUGCCUCACAUGCCAAUGCGCUCAGCCACAGCCCUGCCUGUGGGUCUACGAUCGACUCCCCACCACUGGGAGAAGACAAAACUCCCAUUCUGCCUUCUCCCUCUCAGCCCCUUGGCGUAGCUGAUGUGGCCACCCGUCUCUCUUCCAUCCAUCUGGGCCCGCUUGGGACGGAGGGGCCUAAGGAAGCCAGGGAGCUGGACUCACCUGCUAGGGAUAUCGGUUCAGCUACACACCUCCAGGUAGACCUGGGUGAGGCUGAAGAUCUAGAAGAAGAGCUGGUAGAUGGUUUGGAAGACUGCUGCAGCCAUGAUGAGAAUGAAGAAGAGGAGGGAGACUCAGAGUGCUCCUCAUUCAGUGCUGUCUCCACCAGCGAGUCGGUAGCAGUGAUCUCUAGGAGCUGUGCAGAGAUUCUGACCAAACCCCUUUCCAAUGAGAAAGUUGUCCGACCAGCUCUCAUCUACAGUCUCUUUCCCAAUGUGCCCCCUACCAUCUAUUUUGGCACCCGGGAUGAGAGAGUGGAGAAACUUCCCUGGGAGCAGAGGAAGCUGCUCCGGUGGAAGAUGAGCACAGUGACCCCCAACAUUGUCAAGCAGACCAUUGGACGGUCCCACUUCAAAAUCAGCAAAAGAAACGAUGACUGGCUGGGCUGCUGGGGUCAUCACAUGAAGUCUCCUAGUUUCCGAUCCAUUCGGGAGCAUCAGAAGCUAAACCACUUCCCAGGUUCAUUCCAGAUUGGGCGAAAGGACCGACUGUGGCGGAACCUGUCUCGCAUGCAGAGCCGCUUUGGCAAGAAGGAGUUCAGCUUCUUCCCCCAGUCCUUCAUCCUGCCUCAGGAUGCCAAGCUCCUGCGCAAAGCUUGGGAGAGCAGCAGCCGCCAAAAGUGGAUUGUUAAGCCUCCAGCGUCAGCUCGAGGCAUCGGCAUCCAGGUCAUUCACAAGUGGAGUCAGCUCCCCAAGCGAAGGCCUCUCCUGGUACAGAGGUAUCUACACAAACCCUACCUCAUCAGCGGCAGCAAGUUUGAUCUGCGAAUCUAUGUUUACGUCACCUCCUAUGAUCCUCUGCGGAUUUACCUCUUUUCAGAUGGACUCGUCCGCUUCGCCAGUUGCAAGUAUUCCCCUUCCAUGAAGAGCCUUGGCAACAAGUUCAUGCACCUGACCAACUACAGCGUCAAUAAGAAGAAUGCCGAGUACCAGGCCAAUGCAGAUGAAACGGCCUGCCAGGGCCACAAAUGGGCACUAAAGGCCUUAUGGAACUACCUGAGCCAGAAGGGAAUCAAUAGCGAUGCCAUCUGGGAGAAGAUAAAGGAUGUUGUUGUCAAAACCAUCAUCUCGUCAGAACCCUAUGUCACCAGCCUGCUGAAGAUGUACGUGCGGCGGCCCUAUAGCUGCCACGAGCUCUUUGGUUUUGACAUCAUGCUGGAUGAGAACCUCAAGCCCUGGGUCCUAGAAGUCAACAUUUCCCCAAGCCUCCACUCCAACUCUCCAUUGGACAUCAGCAUCAAAGGCCAGAUGAUCCGUGACCUUCUGAACCUGGCAGGCUUUGUUCUGCCCAACACAGAGGAUAUGGUUUCCAGCUCCAGCAGUUCUAGCAGCUCCAGCACCAGCCUGCCCAGCUCCCCCAGGGACAAAUGUCGAAUGACCCCAGAACAUUUCACUGCACAGAAGAUGAAGAAAGCCUAUUAUCUGACCCAGAAAAUUCCUGAUCAGGACUUUUAUGCGUCUGUGCUGGAUGUCCUGACACCAGAUGAUGUUCGGAUUCUGGUUGAGAUGGAAGAUGAGUUUUCUCGCCGCGGUCAAUUUGAACGAAUUUUUCCUUCUCGAAUCUCCUCUCGCUAUCUCCGCUUUUUUGAGCAGCCACGAUAUUUCAACAUUCUCACCACCCAGUGGGAACAGAAGUACCAUGGCAACAAGCUCAAAGGAGUAGAUCUGCUUCGGAGUUGGUGCUACAAAGGGUUCCACACAGGAGUUGUCUCUGAUUCUGCUCCAAUGUGGUCUCUUCCAACAUCACUUCUGACUGUCCCAAAGGGUGAUGUGGCGCUCAGUGCUUUCAACAAAUCAGAGACUGGCAAGCUGGGAAAACACAGCUUCUCUGAGGGAAGCAUACCACUCUCUGAAGAUGGGACCAUGCCCAAGCCCAAGAAGACCCAAGCUGGCCAUUCUUCUCUUCCCAGAAAACCCAGUUCUUCCAGGGACAGUGAGGAUACCAGCAACGAGCCCAGCCUCUCCACCCAGAUGUUGCCUCUGAUCAAGUACUCUGGGCAGACUUUGAGACUCUCUGCUUCCCCCACCUCCCAGUCAACCGGUGACUCACUCCUGGCUGCUGUGAGCCCAUGACUGGCCUCUCUCCAUUAGCCCCUGCCUACGAGCACCGGUGUUAGCUACCUCAUGGGAAUUGGCUGGCUGGCCAGCCAGCCUGAGCCCCGGCCCCUUCCUCAAAGUAUUUUUUUGAAGUGGUUGAAUUGCAGAGAUGGGUAUCUGAAGGGCUGGAGGGGUGGUGGGAAUGGGGAGAAGGUGAGGAAGGUUCACUGGCUGGUACCUCAUAUCCCAGCAGAGAAGUCACUGAUGGCCACUCAGCCUUAUAAAGCAGGGUUUGGUUUCUAACUUCAGAGAGCCACGUGUGGUUUGUGUGAGGCCUUGGUGCUGUGAAUGAGUUACAGCUCUGGAGGAAAAAACACAUCGAACAUAUUUGGGCCUGAAGUCCUUUGCCUGUAAUUGAGGAGGUCCCUCCGAAGGUCCUUAUCUCCUCAGGUCUCCCCACCACCCUCUUCCCCACACUGUGCCCCGAGGAGCCACUUUGAGAAACCUUCUGACCUCCUCAGUAGACAGGCAGGGAGAGGCCAUAUGUGAUGAACCCAUUUCCUGUCAUCCUAGUCUUUAGGGGCUUCAUAUUUCCUUUCAUAUACCCACCAGCCAAUAGCCCUGAGUCUGUUCUGACCUCACAUCACUACCUGUUCAACCUUCUAGACUUCUUUCUCAUGAAUGUUAGCUCUUCGCUAUCUGUGAGGUGAGAGGUCUUGAGCUUUGUGAAUUUCCUGUGGCCCCAGUGAAGGAGCCCAGGUAAUCCCAGUUGCUGUUGUCUGUGUCUACACAUCAAAAGACACAACCCAGGGGCAGGGCGGAAGGAGCUGAGAUUUCCCCACAACACACAGGAAGUUGUGGGUUCUUACCUCCUUCACUGAUUAGCGGGGUCUAGCUCACAGGCCACCAGGCGAGCAGAGUCUGGGGGCAUGGCCGGUGGGUUGCAGGAGCAGUCACCAUUGUAGAAUGGCCUUCUAGUCAGACCGCUGACGAAACUCUUGUACUCUUCACUGAAUCUACCUCCCUCCCCAAGACUCCGUAAACAGCAAGUGUUCAAUAAACGUUGACUGAGCGAA